GCACUGCUGUAUCAGCUUGCUAGUGCAUGUAACCACCAGCAGUGCAGUCCAUGCAUCCAUGCAUGGGACAGGGCACACAUCUCACGUUGCUAGCCAUAAUCACUCAAUUAAUCAUGAUCAAACAUCGACCUAACGGCUAGCAAUAUUGUCUUCAAGUUCAUAUAUAUAUAGCACACAUUGCAUCCGGAUUCUUCCGGCCAGUCUCACUAGCUAGCUACAUCGAUCGAUCAGAAUUCAGAAACAGCAAGGUAGAUCGGCCAUGGUGAGCUUCAGGGCACAGCGGAGCGAGCCGGAGCUGCUAUCGCCGGCCCGUGCGACGCCGCGGGAGACCAAGGCCCUGUCGGACCUGGACGACCAGCGGACGCUGCGGUACUACGAGACGGUGGUGGGCUUCUUCCGUAGCAACAGCGGGCGGCCCGAUAACCCGGCCCAGGCCAUCAGGGCGGCCCUCAUGGAGGCCCUGGUGUACUACUACCCGAUCGCCGGCCGGCUCAGGGAGGACGCUGGCGGGAGGCUCGUGGUGGACUGCGCGGGCCAAGGGGUGGUGUUCGUGGAGGCCUGCGUGGACGUCCGUCUCGAGGAGUUCGGGGAGCCGCUGCUGCCGCCGUACCCGUGCGUCGAGGAGCUCCUGUGCGACGUCGGCGACACCAGGGCCGUCGUCGGCAGGCCGUUGCUCUUCAUGCAGGUGACGCGACUCAAAUGCGGGGGAUUUGUUCUUGGUUUCCACAUCUGCCAUAACCUCGCCGACGGCUUCGGCAUGGCCCAGUUCAUCAAAGCUGUAGCCGACAUAGCACGAGGAGAAGCGGCCCCGACCAUUUUACCCGUAUGGCAAAGAGAGCUACUAGUAACAGCACGCAGCUGCUUACCCGCCAUGACCAGGAGCAUCUCGCCGGGACACGAAUUACCACCGGUAAACAACGGCCCAGGCACCCCAACCCCAACCAGAGACUUGAUGCUCUCAACGCCGCCCAAGAACAUGGAGGCCCAGUACUUCCUCUUCGGCCCAAGAGAGAUCUCAACCUUACGAGGCCUUAUACCGGCGGGCCAAGCCCAAUCCGCCACCAUCUUCGAGCUGGUGACCGCCGUCAUGUGGCGAGCCCGCACGGCGGCCCUGGGCUACGGGCCCAGCCAGCGCGUGCGGCUGAUGAUCACCAUGAACGCCCGUGGCAGAUGGAAUACCCACACCCGGAUCCCGAGGGGAUACUACGGCAACGCGCACGUGUCCCCGAUCGCGGAACUCGCCGCGGGGGACCUCUGCGCGCAGCCGCUGGGCGACACGGUGGAGCUCGUGCGGCAGACGAAGCGCGGCAUGACCAAGGAGCGGAUGGAGUCCAUGGUGGAGGCCGUGGCGUCGCUGCGGGAGUGGCCGCCGUCCGCCAUGGACAGGGUGUACGAGGUCUCGGAUAUCAGGUGGACGGCGGUCAAUGUGCUAAGGUUUGGGUGGGCCGAGCUGGCCGGCGGCGGCAUUCCUUUGGCCGGGGACCUCACGUCCAAGCUGGGGAGCGAUCACGUCCGGUGCGAGAAUGAGAAGGGCGAGGUCUCCACCGUUGUGUCCAUGCUGCUGCCAAGGGCGGCCAUGGCCAGGUUUAGGCAGGAGAUGGCCGUAUGGCUCAACCACCGAGAGGAUGAUGAAGACACCAAGAAUUUGCCUAUACUGAGUUCCCUGUAGCCAGCUACAUCAGCCUGGCUGCAUAAUUGAUUUUCAUUCAGCCGUAUACUCCUCUGGGUCUCUGAUAUGUUACACGUCUUUCAUGCUCAUGGACGUGUGGUUACUUGUGCAGUGCAAUCGACCAAAUUCUAAUUUUGGAUAUGAAAAUUUGUAAGGAGUGAACGUUCUCCUUUUUGUCGGGCGCUAGCUUUGGUCGUCCUUCCGGUCAAGAGUGUGGGACACGUCCACGUUAGCAUCAGCGUGGCAUUGUCUCACAUUAAUUUAUACAAAUGAUCUUUUUUUUCAGAUAAAUUUAGUCGGUCGCCCAAGACCAUAUUUUUCUUUUCAAUAAAUCUAUUGGAGAA